AUUGCCAGUAAUAUAAGCUCUAUUUAUUAUGUUUAAAACCUUUUAGCAAUGCGAUUAUGCUACCAAAAAUGUUUAAACUAAGUUAUAUUUUUAUAGUUGCUUUUACUUUUAGUUUAUGUGAAAGUUUUGAGAAUCAUGUAAAGUCUUUUCAAACUUUGGAUAUAAAUCUUAGUAGAGACGAACUUGUAGUGGACGACGUAACAGCAGAAAGUGUAUUUCCACUAAGAAACGAAAUAACAAAAUGGAAAAGUAUUACUGUUGGUCCCACAGCAUAUUCUGUUGGCUUGGCCCAAACUGGAUUUGAACUUACGUCAUGGACUUUGAAUGCAAAUCGUACAAAAUUUAUUAUGGAGUCCAACAUUUCCAUAUCUACAGAAAAUAUACCAAAAGAUAUUAUCUUAUUCCAUAAUAGAAGGAAUGGGAAAUCCGAAAUAGUUAUCAUAGUGUCAUUUAGUAAUUCUACUCGUUUAGACUGGUUCAUUUCAGUGAACAAUAAUAUUAAUAACAUUUGGUCAUGGAACUUGGAUAAUAAAGUCAAUCAUUUUAACUAUUUUAAAAUGUCAAACCGAAACAUCUUAUUCAUAAUCACAAACAUAGGCCAAGGAUUAUUAUAUGAGUUUAAUAUUAAAGAAGAUCCAUUUGAAAAAUGGGUACUUCAAAAUUUAAGAUUAAGCUCGGCAAGUUACUCAGUUUUUAAUAAUUAUCGAGGAAAUUAUUACCUGUCCAUACUUCAACAACCACAAAAUCAAAUCAUUAUAUACAAAUAUGAAAACAACCUAUUUCGUAACUAUACGCUACUUCAAAGCUCAAACGUCUCAUCAAUGGUUUCCUUUGACAUUGGUUUUAAGACUUUUCUUGCAAUAAACGGUUACAGCGCUGGAAUUUUUGAAUUUUGUAAAAGCGGCUUAACGAGACUACGUGUCGAAAAUAGUAAUUUGGACGGUAUAACGUAUUGGCUAGCAAUACCUAUAGAUACUUAUAGGGAUGAUGUAUUACUAGUAGCUGAGCGAAAUGUAGAUCAUGGAACACACGAUGCUUUCGAAGUGGAUAUCUUCACAUACAACAUCAAUAAAUUUGAGGAGCACGAAGACAUUCCCUGUUUCCUAUUUGGAGAAAAAACUUCAAGGUUGACUUGCUUCCCUAAUGAACAACGACUUUCUGGAUUUGGAUAUAUAUCAAUCGAAAACAAAAUUGCUUUGAUAGUACCAAAAUCAGAUAAAGAACUGCUCUUGUUUUCUUUAAAUAGUAGGAUAAAAGAGAUUGAAGAUCCCAGAAGAAAGGAGUUGGACGAGCUACAGGAAAUUAAGAAAAAACUUGAGCUACAAAUCGAAGAACUUGAAGAUCGUUUAAAAGCGAAAACCAAACAAAAGAUGCAGAAUACUAAAACUGUUAAUCCUAUAGUUGGCGCAGUCGAGGAUCCGGCAAAUGUUUCAAUAUAUUUAGAAGAACUUGAAAACAUAGAGGCAGAAAUAAAAAAGUUAUCAGAUAGAGUAAAUAACAUUACUAAAAAUGACAAAAACACCAAAUUCGACAAGAUUAUCAUAAAUGGAAACGUUAAAUUCAAAAGUAUUGAUGCAGAUAAAAUGGAAGUAGAGAACAUUAAUCAAAAAAAUGCUACAGAACUUUUAAUCGAUAUUGUGAGAAGAGACAACAUAACCGAUGUUUUAAGAAACAAAACUUUUACUGAAUUGGUAACAUUGAAAAAUCUGAAUGCUAACACUGUCAAUGGCAUUAAUGCAAGUAUCAUUGCUUUUACCGAUAAUCCGUUUGUUGUGGAUGGUAACAUCACUUUUGAAAAACCAGUUGUUUUGAGAAACGUCUAUUUGAGUAGUGGGAAUUUGAAUGAUAUUGAUAUUGAACGUGAAGCUGUAAUACUAACUAAAAAACACGAAGGAAAUUUAGAGUUUGAGGAAAUCAAAGUGGAAGACAAUUUUAAAGCUGCCAAACUUAACAACAUCAAUCUACGCAGAUUAUCUACUGCUAGAAGUAGCUCCAACGGAUCGAUAGAUGCUGAAGAAUUAUCUGACUUUCCAGAUAUACAUAUCUCGAAAAAUUUGACAGUUAAAUCUAUAAACGGAGUAAAUUUUACCGAUUUUUAUCACAGUCUUUGUUUAGUCAACACAUACUGUUAUAUUCCUGGAGAAGUAAAACUUAAAGGGGUGGUAAAUGCGACCAAGGUGUUUGCAGAAAAUUUAAAUGGUCUUAUAUAUCGUCUGGAAUAUAUAUUUAAAAACUCGGAAACCCGUGUGGAUAUAACAGGUAAAAAAACGUUCAGGAAAUCUCUUAAAAGUUCAAAAUUGCGAAGUGUGGGACGUAUUAAUAAGAUUAAUACUAAAGAUCUUAUAUCAACCUCCUUUCCGCAACAUCUCGGAAAUAAAACAUUCAAACAAAUUAUUGUUACUAAUCAACUUAAGGUUGACGGCGAAUUGGUCGGGAAACUUGCUGAACAGUUCUUGACUAACCCAUCAUUGGAAGAAACUGAUAGACUAAAUUACUCCGUUCAAUUUAAAAAUCUUGAAGUCAACGGCAACAUAUAUUUGUCCAAUAAAUUUAUGGGAAAAAAUUAUUCAAAGUUAUUAAAGAGUAUUCUAUAUCAUGAUGAACAAAAUGCCACCGUUUCUGUAAAAAAGACAUUUACUAGUGGACUUAAUAUUUCACAACUGAAUAUUCAAUCAGACUCUAUAAAUAAUGUAACUUUGAGUUCAAUUGUAUCGACAGAUAAAGAUCAAACCUUGAAGAUAAAUUUGUUAAAAGGAAAAAUAUAUAUAACCCAUCUUUCUGUAAACGGUACAUUUGACGGCAAAAAUAUUACAGAAUUUGAUGAUAGCCUUGUCAAGCUCACUGGAGAACAGUAUAUCGAUUCUACAUUAACUUUUAAUGAUUUAGAAGUUAAUAAAAACUUAGAAAUUACAGAGAACCUUAAUGGUAUUGACACAGAAGAAUUUUUGUAUACUACAGGUGGAGGAAGUGUUGGAAAACAUAUUAAUUUUGAUAGCAUUUCUGUUGACAAUAUGACAGUGCUAGGCAAUAUUCGAGGAAACGUUUCUGGAUUUAAUUUGCAAAAUUUCAGUGAAAAUUAUUUUAGCGCUACUAAAAACCAAACUAUUCCAAGUCAAUUUAAUCUAAAGGCAGCAACAGUUGACACAUUUUUAGUCAGUCGAAUAAAUGGAAAUAUAAACAACAUAUCCUUCGACGAUGAAUCCUUUAAUAAAAACUUAAGAGAAGUCCUAAAUUUAGAAAAAAUGAAAGUGGAUAAUUUACGUAUAGAAGAAUCUGUAAAAUUUAGAAAAGUUAACGAUAACCCUAUUGAAACUAUAUUGCCCAUUGGUAUACGAAAUCCCGUUAGCAAUUCUACAAGGAAAAAUCUUACAUUGGAAACUGAUUUAUUUGUUCCGUCUAUAAAAAUCCAUAAAUUAAGCUCCGUGAAUUGGAACGACUUUAUUGAACAGGUUGUCUUCAAAAAUGAAUCCAACAUAGCUUUUUCUGGAAAUAAAUCGUUCGAAAACGGUAUAAAUGUGAAAAAAUUGGUCGAAAUCAAACAACUUAACGACGUGCCAUUGGAAGACAUACUUACGAAGGAAAAAAAUCAAACAAUUAGAGGGCCUUUACAUAUACAGGGAAAUGUCGAUUUCGUUAAAGUGUAUAUUAAGGAAAAUAUGAAUGGCUUUUCAGUACCAGACACAUUAAAACAUAUAUUGGUUUCCAACAGAACUUAUCGUGUAUUAAAUGAUAUAAUUUUUAGUCGAUUGCCCUACAUCAAGUUUCUAAAUAUACAAGGCAGAGUUAAUGAUAAAGACAUCGAUAAGGUAUUCAAAAAUUUAGCAUACAAAAAUAAGGAUAUACUGUUGACCAAUGAUACGGUGUUUAAAGAGCCAGUUUAUAUAAAAAGAAAUUUAGCAGUAUCGGGAUUUAUAAACCAUAUAAACUUUUCUGAUGUUUACUCCAAAAUAGUCCUUACUACUAGCGAUACUGAUAUAGACAGUGUCGUUAAGUUUACAAAACCAACAGUAGUCCUAUAUACAUUAACCGUAGAUGAAGACUUAAGUACUCAUCUUCUAGCAGGAUAUAAUACUACUGAGUGGCUUGAAAAGUCAAUUUCUUUAAACAAAGGCUUGAUAAAAGGACACUACAAUUUUGAGCACGUGUUAAUUAAUAACAAUCUAAUCACAGAUUUUGUCAACGAUAUAGAUAUGAAGCACAUAGUGCCAUUAAAAACUGAUCAAAAUAUUGACCACUUAAACUUUAAAUUAUUAAGAUUUGUUAACGAUAUUCCUGUUGGCAAGACUGUCAAUGAUCUACAUCUACCAGCUGAAGUGCGAAGAUCCCUAACGAUGGAUACCGAUCAAGAAAUCUCUCCUACUACGAUAUUUAAUUUGAUAUUAAUCCAUAAAAACCUACGAACUUCUCAUCUUAAUAACCAAGAAACCUCAAAAAUGGUAACCACUGAUACCGAUCAAAAUUUGACUGCAAGUUACCACUUUAAUUCGAAAUGUGUAGUAGAAAAUGAUUUAGAAGUUACUGGUUUCAUUAACGGUGUCAAGCUAGACGAUUGGAAGAACAAAACUUUAAAAAUUAACUCAGAAAGUACACAGUUCGUGUGUAAUGACUGGAAGCUGGAAAACAUUACGUUCUUAGAUAACUUAGAAUCCUUUAAUAGAGUUAGUGACCUCAAUUUAACACAGGUAUCAAACGAAAUUAAAGCGAGAAGAGAUUUUAAAUUUCAGGUGGAAAAUGGAACUAUUAGUGACUAUAAAGGUAUAUGCAAAGACGUUACAUUCUUCUACGAUAAGACCCAAUCUCAAAUAUACAAAUUUAAAUAUUUUGAGAUUUUUCAACAACUUUCAUUUUCCACUAAUAUCAAUCUGGUUUAUACCUUUCUCCAUAAAAAUGAUCUCUACUUGCUAAUUAAUAAACAAGACUGUCUAACCGAUAUCAAGAUGUUUAACGGAACUUCAUUUGUACCGUUUUUGGUCAACAUAUCGACAGGAGAAUUUGAACAGAUAGUGUCAACUUGGGACGACGAUGUUUUGUUUUUGGUGACAAGAGCAAGCAGGAAAAGUAAAUGUCCCAAUACAGGAGGUGUCAAUAUUUGGACAUUUGAUGAAAGUGGCGUAGAAUUAAAGUUUACUCUGGAAAAUCAAGAGCUUCUUCAAGAUUCAAGAAUUCCGUCCACUUUUUACGUCCUUGGUAAAGACGGCGUUAUCGAAUACAAACUUAAAAAGAAUUUUGAGUCUCCAAAACGAUACAGAAGAUGGGAAAUAUUCGAUAAAAAUGCUGCUUUUAUGCCAAGAGGUAUUAAAACUGGUUUAGCAAUUAGAACAGGAAGGAAUAUGAUUUUCCUAGAUAAAGAAGAUCUUCAAGUGAAAGAUAUUGAUAACAAUGUUAUUUCAGAAUCUGUCAUUAAAGGAACUACUAGAAUGGUCGACAAUAGUUUUAUACCUGGCCGAAAUGGAGGAGACAUCGCUGUUUUAACCGUCGGUACCAAAAGGUCCAGAAAUGAUCUUCUAGCAGUUGCAAGUCAUGAAGAAACUGUUGUUAAAGAUUCUAUGGAUUUCGUUAGAAUUUAUGAUGACCCAUUAGUUGGAAAGUUAUUCGACAAAGUUCCAACCUAUCGACCAUCAUCACUACUUCCGCUGGAGUUUAACCAAGGUGAAACACUUUUAGCAUUUAUGGAAAACAGAAGAAUCUUAAAAGUCUAUGAGUAUCAAGGUAUCCAAGGAUUUAAACACAGAACUUCGAUAAAAUUGCAGGCGUCUAGUCUCUUCCAAGUGAACUUACCAGUUAAAGGUCAUCUUAAUACUAGAAAAGUUAUAGGUACAAUAAAUAGAAAUCAAAUAACCUUGUUAAUAGCCUUAAUGGAUGGUAAUCAAAUUAGUGAUGAUUUAAAUUGUACGUUGUGAUAGUUUUGUAUAUUAUUUGUUUUUUGUUAUUUGUUAUUUUUAUUCUAUAUAUUUAUGUUAAAUAAAACUAUAAAUAAAAAAUGUGAUAUGU